CCAUGGGAGACGCGGCAGUGCUCGUGCUCUGUAGCUUGUGCGAUUAACUCAAUCAGAAAUAGUCCGUUAAAAUCACGGGAAAUCGAGAUGAUUUUGUGAUUCAGACUUCAGGGACAAACAUGUUUCAGUCUUACACGGGUGAAACGUGGCUGAAGAUCUCAGUAUAUUAAAUGCUCCUAUGAGGAAUUCUGCUCUCUCAAAAGAACACUUCAUAUUCAAAUGAAGAUCUUCAGGUUUACUCAUCAUUUUAUCCUGCAUGGCUGAUCCCUGGAUCAAACAGUCUACGCAACAGUUCCAGGAAUUAUCCUUGAUAUCUUUAGGUUUUUCAUGGAGCAAGAAAUGAGACAGAAUUUGCUUCCUGUGUUUUUCAUAUAAUCACUACAAAGUAAUCUUGCUGUCCGAUGUAACCUUGAAGCGUCUCAUAUGGAGGAGUGCUGUGGCACUGCUGUGUGCUAGUUUAUUCUGGAGUAAUCUGUCGAGGAGAUCCAGUUUGCUGCAGAAAUGCUCCAGACUAAUAACUACUCGCUAGUGUUGCUGAUCCAGUUAGCACUGCUGACCUUUGACCUGUUCGUCAACUCCUUCAGUGAACUCCUGAGGGCCGUCCCGGUCAUCCAGCUAGUGCUGUUCAUAAUCCAGGACAUUGGCAUCCUGUUUAACGUGAUCAUCAUUCUUCUAAUGAUGUUUAACACAUACGUGUUCCAGGUGGGGCUGGUGUCCCUGUUACUGGAGCGAUUCAGAGCACUGCUUGUACUGUCAGCACUUUACCUGACUCUUAGCAUCUGCUUUCACUGCUGGGUCAUGAACCUGAGGUGGAUGGAGUCCAAUCGUUUCGUGUGGACGGAUGGUUUGCAGGUUCUCUUUGUCUUCCAAAGACUGGCUGCUGUGUUGUAUUACUACUUCUACAAACGCACAACCGAGUACCUGGGAGACCCCAGACUGUACGAAGAUUCCCCGUGGCUACGCGACGCUUUCGCUAGGGCGCGACAGUGAACUCAGAAAGUGAGAAACUACAGAAACUUAAGCCAAAAUGGAGAUAUCACUGUGUGGUUCAUGAGAGAUAUUACUGCCGUCACAACAGUAAACUUCAAAUGAAUUACUUGUUUUUCAAAGUCAUGGAAUAAUGACCAGGAAAUUCAAGAAAUAAAAUGGAUGCAAUGAGAAAAACAAAGACUCCUUAGAACGAACUGCUGAAUUGCAAAGGAAAGAGCCUCGGAGCUGAAGAACAAAUGGAGAUUUAAUCCCAUAUCUGAGAUCAACAACAAAAUUAAGGCUACUGGUGAAAACUGAAAAUCAAAUGUCUAUAAACCUUAUCAAGCUGUUUUGAUACAUGUAUUGUCUUUUUAUAGCCAACACCAUGUGUAAAGCUAGAAGUUAUUUGUAACAAGUAGCGUACACUAUGAUGUCCUUUUUGUAUUUUUCGGGAUUACAGUGGUUUGAUUGUACAGCCGACCCAAGAGAGAUUUUGUACAUUUCAGUUGAGUUGGAUUUGGUUUGAGGAAUCAUCGUACUCAUGAGUUGUUUUUAUAGUUUAAUUUGAUAUGUUUUAACCAUUUUUUUUUAACACUUUGUAAAUGUGUACACAGAGGGUCACGACUGUCAGUCGGCAAAGUGUAAACAAAGUGCCUCAUUGUAAAGUCAUUAUGGUAAACACUAUGGAAAACAGCACAGUUUCACUUAAGUGCAUCAGUGCACAUGAAUGCUGCAAUCAUUUUGUUUUUUCUGGCAAAUAUCAUACACCCAUUUUGUGUUGUUGCUGAUAUUAUAAUAAAAAUAUAUUGGACUGAUUUAAUUAUGCAAAACUUUACCUGUAUGGCAAACCAAAUGAACAUUUAAUCAUAUGCAAGACAUGAAUUACAGAUAUCAACAAUUUAAUUUUCACUAGUUAAAAUGCUAAUUCUUGAUAUCAGGAAUGGAAUUACUACUAGUACUCAUUUUUUAUAUCAGUACAUUUUUUAAAUCAAGGAAUUACUCCUUGAAAUACACAUUCUUAAUAUCAAACAUGGACUUUCAACCGGUAAAGACCAUAAAUCUUGGGGUCUGUAAUUGCAUUUUCUCUAGUAGGAUUUCACAAUGAUCUGUCAUGCACUCCUGUUCCAAAGGCAAUUAUAUAUCUAAAAUUUCUUACUAGUUCAAAUUCCAGUUUCACUGUAAAAAUGUGAAUUUUUGAUAUUUGUAAUUUAGUUUUCAACUACAAUCUCACAGUAGUUAUUCAUAGUUGCAGGUUAUUUCACGGCUUUAACUCAGAGACAGCCGGGGAUCUCCACGAUGACAGACUGUUCUAUUCUGAUCUCUCAGAUUAAGCUGGGAUUGGGGUUUUAUGCACCACAAACAGCCUGCAGGACACAAAUAGCACACUCUUGUUUUCAAUUACAGAGCCAACUAACCCUUGUAUUGUGUGUGUAACUAGAUGUUUUAGGAAAGGUUGGCCUUUUUUAGCUAUGUCUCCAUUCAUUGUUUUGUUAUUAACAGAACUCAAUAGACCAAUUAAUGCCUAGAGUUAUGCUGCCUUCAAGUCCUUAUGGGCAGUUGCCAUUUUAAAAUUUGUAAUAAUGAGAAAAGUGACUUUUUUUUGAUCGGUGCAAACAGGCAACCAAUGCAGAAUUUUCUGCCAAUCAUUAUCACUAUUUUCAUCUACAAUACAUAAAAUGCAUAUUAAAUAUAUUGUAGCGUUUUUGUGUUAAAAGAACAGUCUGGGUUCAAUUCAAGUUAAGCUCAG